AUGGCUGACCCUUUCUGUGUUGGAGGCGGCCGCCGGCUCCUGGGAUCCAGCAGGAGCGGGCCUGGGAAGGAUGGCAGCCAGAACGAGGCCUGGCUUCCCGUGCGGCACGAUCCAAAGCUGGGGUUGCCGGUGUCCCGGGGCGGGCACACAGUGCCUAGCCAGGCCCCACUCUGCUUUGACCCGGGAAGUCCAGCCAGCGACAGGACAGAAGGGAAGAAAAAGGGGCGUCCGAAAGCUGAGAACCAGGCCCUCCGAGACAUUCCCCUCUCCCUGAUGAACCAGUGGAAAGAUGAAUUCAAGGUGCACUCACGGGUGAAGUGUCCCAACUCAGGGUGCUGGCUGGAGUUUCCCAGCAUCUACGGGCUCAAGUACCAUUACCAGCGGUGCCAAGGGGGCGCCAUCUCAGAAAGGCGGACCUUUCCCUGCCCCCUCUGUGAGGCCGCCUUCACCUCCAAGACUCAGCUGGAGAAGCACCGAAUUUGGAACCACAUGGACCGUCCCCUGUCUGCCCCCAAGCCUGGGCCAGUCAGCCGGCCAGUCACCAUCAGUCGGCCCGUUGGGGUCAGCAAACCCAUUGGAGUGAGCAAGCCUGUCACUAUUGGCAAGCCCGUGGGUGUCAGCAAACCCAUCGGGAUCAGCAAGCCAGUGACAGUCAGCAGGCCUGUGCCGGUCACCAAGCCAGUGACGGUCAGCAGGCCUGUGCCGGUCACCAAACCAGUGACGGUCAGCAGGCCUGUGCCGGUCACCAAACCAGUGACGGUCAGCAAGCCUGUGCCGGUCACCAAACCAGUGACAAUCAGUAGGCCCGUGCCGAUCACCAAGGCUGUGCCAGUCACCAAGUCUGUGCCCGUCACCAAGGCAGUGCCAGUCAGCAAGCCCGUGCCAGUCAGCAAGCCAGUGCCAGUCACCAAACCAGUGACCAUAAACAAGCCGGUGCCAAUGACAAAACUUGUAACGGUUACAAAACCUGUGCCAGUCUCAAAGCCCGUGCCAGUCAGCAGGCCCAUUGUGGUCAGUAAGCUGUUGACAGUCAGCAGGCCCGUGGCCAUCGGCAGACACACACCGUCCUGCAAAAUGGUGCUGCUGACCAAGCCUGAGAACAAAACUCCUCGGGCCACGGCAAGGGCCAGUGGGAAGAAAAGGGCUGCGGAAGGCCUGGACACCUGCCCCCGCCCACCCAAGCAGGCCCGGCCAGAGAGCGGGGAGUGUGGCCCAUCCAGCGCAGGCCAGGGCUCAGCCUUCCAGCCCAGCACAGAGCCCAGCAGUGGCCCCCUUUCUCUGGGCAGCAGGCCCAUGGGGGGCAAGGAGGCGCCAAGGGCCACAGGGCCUGUGUCCCGGCCUGAGGAGGGAGCUGAGCGCAUGAAGCACAGAAGGAAGCAGAAGACACCCAAGAAGUUUACGGGGGAGCAGCCAUCCAUCUCGGGAACCUUCGGACUCAAAGGCCUGGCCAAGGCAGAAGACAAAUCCCGAGGCUCCCGUGCCAAGAAGCAGGAGGGGCCUGGCCCUGAGGACGUCUGGAAGAAGGUGCCGGCCCCUGCCAACGCUGUCAGCAAGGAGGUGCCGGCCCCCGUAGCCCACUCAACCCAAGGUGGCGCUGAGGAGCAGUGGCAGCGGGCCAUUCACGAACGGGGCGAGGCUGUCUGCCCCACCUGCAGCGUGGUCACCCGGAAGACCCUCGUGGGGCUCAGGAAGCACAUGGAGGUGUGUCAGAAGCUGCAGGAUGCCCUCAAGUGCCAGCACUGCCGGAAGCAGUUCAAGUCCAAGGCCGGUCUCAACUACCACACCAUGGCUGAGCAUAGCGCCAAGCCCUCUGACACAGAGGCCUCCGAGGGGAGUGAGCAGGAGGAGCGCGAGCGACUGCGCAAGGUGCUGAAGCAGAUGGGGAGGCUGCGCUGCCCCCAGGAGGGCUGUGGGGCCGCCUUUUCCAGCCUCAUGGGCUACCAGUACCACCAGCAACGCUGUGGGAAGCCGCCCUGCGAGGUAGACAGUCCCUCCUUCCCCUGUGCCCACUGCGGCAAGACCUACCGCUCCAAGGCCGGCCAUGACUACCACGUGCGCUCGGAGCACGCCGCCCCGCCCCCCGAGGAGCCCCAGGACAAGCCCCCUGAGGCCGAGGACCUGUUUGGUGUCGAGCGGACCCCCAGCGGCCGCAUCCGCCGCACAUCGGCCCAGGUGGCCGUGUUCCACCUGCAGGAGAUCGCAGAGGACGAACUGGCCCGAGACUGGACCAAGAGGCGGAUGAAGGAUGACCUGGUGCCUGAGACAGCGCGGCUCAACUACACUCGGCCAGGCCUCCCCACGCUCAACCCCCAGCUGCUAGAGACGUGGAAGAACGAAGUCAAGGAGAAAGGCCACGUCAACUGUCCCAAUGACUGCUGUGAAGCCAUCUACUCCAGCGUGUCCGGCCUCAAGGCCCACCUCGCCAGCUGCAGCAAGGGAGACCACCUGGUGGGGAAGUACCGCUGUCUGCUGUGUCCGAAGGAGUUCAGCUCUGAGAGUGGCGUCAAGUACCACAUCCUCAAGGCCCACGCAGAGAACUGGUUCCGCACUUCGGCAGACUCGCCGCCCAAAUACAGGAGCCAGGAAUCGCUGGCCCCCAGGAAGGAGGAGAAGAGUCUGGCAGGCGGGAAGAAGCGGGGCCGCAGGCCCAAGGAGCAGCUCCCUGAAGAGCCUGCGCCCAAGAUGCCCCCCUGCCAGGAGGACUGGCCCCCGGGAGGCAGAGACAAGGGGGCCCGGGGCUCCACUGGCCGGAAGAUGGGAGCCAGCAAGUCCCCCGAGAAGUGA